CGUUACACCACAUCUUCAACUCCACAAACCUACAGCCCACCUAUACCAUUUCCCCCUUGACAUUUUUUUUUCGAAGACCUACAUAACACAACACAACAUGACUGGCACCAGCUCAAGCGGCGGAAUCGGCGACACAAUUCGCAAGGGUGUUGGGAUGUUUCAUGGAACAGGCGAAGCCAUCCGCGGAAACUUCAACGCUACCCUUGACAAGGCCACCGGCGACUCGGCAGCCGCACAGAAGAACCAAGCAAUCGCUGACCAGGGCGUCAAUGAGUUCGAGCAUGGCUAUCAGAAGCACCGCACCGGUGCAGGUGUUGCCCCCGGCACUGCUGAGAGUUUGAAUACGACGCACUCUACUUCGACAAACUACGGGCCUCACAGCACCAACGCGGGUAACAAGCUCGAUCCCCGCUUCGAUUCUGAUAUGGACCACCGCGGUACUGCGACCACGUCAACGAACUACGGAUCGCACAGCACCAACACAGCCAACAAGCUCGACCCUCGCUUCGACUCCGAUCUGGAUCAUCGCGGUACUACAACCACAUCGACGAACUACGGACCACACUCGACGAAUGUCGCAAACAAGCUUGACCCGACCGUCGACUCGGACAUGGAUCACCGCGCAGACCUGAACUCCGUCUCCAACUUUUCCAGGCAGACUGACGGCGCAGGGUCAACCAAUCAUGGCCCUCAUAGCACAAACAUCGCAAACAAGUUGGAUCCGCGUGUCGACUCUGAUACUGAUCAUCGGGGUACUGCACAGAGCUCUACAAAUCAAGGCCCACAUUCGACAAAUGCUGCUAACAAGCUCGACCCCCGCGUCGACUCCGACACAGACCAUCGUGGUGCUACGCCGGCGUUUGCGGAGAAGUUUGACCCACUGAAGCACAAUGCAGCACACCAAGACCACGAAUCGCUUGCAGGAGUACGCCGAGGUUCGAUAAAUGGAGGCUCAGAGCUUGAGGCAGCGGAAAAGCUUCAGCCGCCAGAUUUUGGUAAGGGAGAUACUCAUGGGCCCAACACUCAUGUUCAUCGCGGUUCCAUUUCCGGUGGUUCGGUAUUGGAAGCAGCUCAAAAGCUUGAUCCUGCCAGGUACGAUGGCGGAGACGAGUCAACAAACUACGGCCCUCACAGCAUGAAUAUUGGCAACAAGCUGGAUCCCCGUGUCGACUCUGAUCAAGACCAUCGGAGAUGCGGUACACGCGAGAUGACAGCUCGUGGGCCAGGAUACACACAGCCUGAUCCUUCGUAUCAUCAACCAAGGCCGCAACCUAAGCAUCAAAACCAUGUACUCAAUAUGCUCGAUCCGAAAGUCGAGUCCCAGAAGGAUCAAGCCUGUCCCUCCACCUGCUGUCAAAAUUACGAUCUCAGAAGCUCCACAUUGCCGGAUCGCAGAGCGAGCGUCCCUGACACCAAGAGCGAGGCUCAUUCAACAGCGAAUCCUCACAAGAGCGACUUCUUGAAUUUGAUAGAUCCCAUGGUGGACCGGAACGCGGUGAAGAAGGCGAGGGCGAGCGACAAUACCCAGAAGUUUGGAUGA